GCCCCCCGCCACCACCUCCGCGUCGCCCACCGCCGGCAGCACCUCCGCCCCCGCCAAGGGCGGCGGCAGCCAGCUGCAGCAGCUGCUCGCCUCCGACCCGGCCUCCUCGUCCACUCCUCGGCCCACAACGCCCGCCACCAACUCGUCGUCUUCCGCCACGUCCUCCAAGGCGACGAGCAGCUCGUCGGGCAACGACGGCCUGACGAAGCAGCAGCUGGAGCUGAUCCAGCAGAUCAUGGAGCAGACGCAGCAGCAGCACGCGGCGGCGCAGAAGCAGCAGCAGCAGGCGAAGCAGGAGGCGGCCGCCGCCAAGAGCCGCUCCUGGGCGGCGCAGGACUCGGACUCCAAGAAGUGCGAGAAGAAGGAGAUUCCGGGUCCUCCCUUGCAAACAGCUAGCAUGAGUGUGAGGGCGCUGAUUGAAGAGAAGAUAAUUCAGAAGAGAAUAGUGCAGCCACCUAAUAACACAACGCAGCAGCAGCAACAACAGCAACAGCAACAGCAGCAGCAGCAGCAGCAACAGAAUCAACAACAGCAACAGCAACAACAACUGCAGCAACAGCAGCACCAACAACAGCAGCAGCAGCAGCAACAGCACCAACAACAGCAGCAACAACAGCAACAGCAGAAACAGCAGCAACAAUCGCCCUCCACAGGUUACACAAGUAGCGGCGCGGGUUCCGGGACGGAGGCCAUGAGCGGUUCGCAGCAGCAGCAGCAACAGCUGGCGGCGGCUUCUCCGGCCGCGUCGCCCUCUGCCGGCGCUAAAGACAGCGGCGACCUGGCCAAGCAGCUGACGGCGUCGUUCGCGGUGCCGGCGCCGCCGAUGCAGCCGUCUGCCGCCUCCGCCGCCCCCGCACCGGUCGCCAGCGCCGCCCCCGACAAGCUGUCCCGCCGGCACUCCGACUCCGAGCACUUCGUUACGCUUCACCAGCAGCAUGACGCCAACGCGGAGAAUGCGGCGCUGGCCGAACUGCUGCUGCAAAGGCGGUCGUCCGGAACCCCUACCUCCAAGGCGACGGUGAAGCGCGCUGCGUCGGAUCCGGGGCAGACGUUACAACUGACGUUCCAAGAGGGUGGCAACUGCAACUACCUGGCGUACGACGCCACAUCCGCCGGCGCCGACGACGCCGGAUACUUCUCACCUUCGCUGCAGGACGACAUGUUCCAGCACGUCUCCGUCAACGACACCAUGCUGUUGCAAGGUGUCGACACGGCGCAUCUGGCGGACACUAUACAGUUCCAAGCAGCAUCUCUGCUCCAAGAGCAGACAACAGCAGAGCAGUUGCAGGACAUUGCAUCCCUUGAGGACUACCAGGCAGCCGUCCAAAACCCUGCACAUUUCCAUCAGCAAAGUCAGCACUCUGUCCAUUCAGCUGAUCUACAGGCUGUUCUCAAUUCUCCUCUGCCUGUGAGCCUUGCUGACUUUGGUGCUUACACUCAGCAGGCAAUAGUGACAUCAUGCUCCCCAUUGCCGAAGGAUCUUUCAUACCACGGUAGCACAGGAUCAGCGUCAGCAGCACAGUCACCUCUGCAUCAUCCUCAUAGUGGUGGCGGCGGCAAUGGAACCGGGGCAGCUGGUACUGGGUGUGGCUCAUCCCAGUAUGCUAGCUCUCCUCUAGCAGCAGCCGGUGCAGGCACUGUGCAUUCACCACUACCUUCUCCUCUCACGCAGCAUGAUUCCCCGAGCUUCACAUAUCCGACUCCACCUGCCAGCCAGGAGGGGCAGUCACCAUCUUUCGGCCACAGUCACGGGUCGCUGGUAACGAGCUCAUUGCCACUCUCUUCACCUCACCAACAACAGACAUCUGACUUUGUACAGUCAGUCAUUGCACAUGGAGGUCACGUUCCUCGGGUUUCGUCACCACUUUCGGCAGCUUUCUACACAUCUACUAUGUCGAGCUCAGCUGCUGUUGAAGCUGCUCUUUCAGAAGUGUUGCCUGGUGAAAGUGUGCAACAAGGAGCUUGCCUAACAAGUGGUACUUCAUUGCGCACAUCUUCCCUCGGGCUGUAUCAGUCUCUCGUUAACCCAUCACCUCCGCCACAAUCUCCUCUGUCAGCGACUACACCUGUUCCGUCCCCACUUUCUCUUUCCAGUGUGCCCGCAUCAUCAUCAUCAGUAUCAUCUCCACUGCCUCCUUCCGCUUACACUCCCACCCAAAAUACACAGAUAUCUUUCCCCUUAUCACCUCAUCAUACCCUUCAGUCACAGAUGAUGCCAAACUCUGAAGACCCACUUCUCUCCAGCAGCCCGAAAGACUUUGGGAGUAGAAAGAGGUUUGAAUUUGUCAGUGGUGGUCUGCAUCAUUCAGCCAAACUUGUCAGCAAUGGUACUUCAGAUUUUACCACGGGGAAUCCUUCCAAUGGACAAGUGACAGGAAUUGUGGUGGACAGUAAUGGUGAACUUAGAUUUGUACAAACUUCAGGUGGUCAGUAUCACAGCCAAACAAAGUGUGGGACAAUAACUGGAAGUGGUGCUGUAGUUAAUACAAACAUGACUGUGAUGGGUAAUGGUGGAACAACUACAGUGUACAGGAAGACAGAGUUGGAAGUGAACAAAGUGCGAGUGCCAACAAAGUGUGCUAGUGUCUCGAACAUGGGUCAUCAAAAUCACUAUCAAGCGCGUACCAAUGCUCAAAGAUCUAGACUGCAUGUUGCACUCGAUGCUGUUAAGGAAGAAGUAGACGAUGAUGUUUUUCUUAGCCCCACUAGUGUUCCAGCAAGUCCAGUUCGUAUGGUUCGUAAACGGAUGCGACCAGAAGCACUUGUGCAAAAUAGUCCACCGAUUCAUAUGCCAUUGUCAACUUACCAAUCGCGGCUGAGGGCACCACGGGUGUCGCAGUGUGGCAAUUCACCAUCAUCGGCUCCUUCAUCUCUGCCAUACACUCCUGCACCCAUGCUCAGCCCAACACGACCUGGCCAGGGUCUAUACUGGCAGAUUACUGCAGCAUCUGCAUGGCCUUCUUCAACAACACUUGGUAGUACUAAAAGUGGCAGCGGUGGAGACUCGCAGAGCUCAGAGGAAAGUCAGCAGGGACUGCCAGCAGUCAGUAGUGACAAUGCCCCAGAAUCUGAUGUCACUCCCCAUAUUAACAUUGGUUCACAGUUCCAAUGCACUAUUCCUUCAUGGAAUCCUGACAGGGAAAAAGCAAGUAGUGAACCUUCCCAUGAACAUUUGUUAUGGGAUCCUGGAAUCAGUUCAGUCUGUACUGAUGCAGAAGUUGAAAUGUACCUUGAGUUUGCCUGCUGUGCUGCAGUGCCAGGUGGUGGUCGUAAUAAGGAGUAUGCACUUCAUUUGCUUCAUAUGUGUAAUGGAAAUAUCCAUGAGGCAAUGCUGAAACUAAUGCAGCCAACACCAGCCUUACCUUCUGGACACCCACUUCUUGCAUACGAUUACAAUGAAAGUGACCGAUGGAGUGCAGAAGAACUUGAUAUGUUCCAUCAAGGACUGAUUAAGUAUGACAAGGACUUCAGAAGCAUAGCAAAUGAGAUUGGCUCAAAAUCUUUAAAACAGUGUAUCCAGUUUUACUAUUUGUGGAAGAAGGUGUGCCCUGAAGAGUACAAACGGAUGCGCCUAGCAAGGCGUAGACAAAAUUUGGAUUACAAUGGACGAGUUGAUAUGGAGUUUGAAGAUAUUAGGGUGGAAGACUCGCGGAACAGUAUUCCUGCCAAUGAUGUAGAGUUAGUAUCAACAAGUUCUGAAAGUCGGCUAUUUGUCUGUGAAUAUCCUGAUUGUUCAGCUAGCUUCAACUCUCGUGCAGCACUGAAUGGCCACAUUAGAAUACACGGCGGUGGAGUCUGUGGACGUUCUCCUACACCAGACAAACGACCAUCUGCCAGCACCCCUCCUACACUUGCAGAUAUACUUGAGGAAUUUCCCUGCAAGAUUUGUGGGAAAGUUUUCAAUAAAGUCAAAAGUCGUAGUGCUCACAUGAAGUCUCAUCGUCCUCCGGAUGCUGAGCCGAAGAAGCCUAAGCUAGAUACUAACAAGAUGGAAGCUGCUGAACAUCUUUUAGUUCGCUCACUGGGAGUAACUACAUCAAUCGGUCUUGGGAGACACACCUGAGCCGUAACUGUUAUGCAGUACAAUCAUGAGGUGUCAAACAGAAGAAAUAAUAGUUCACCCACAAGUAAUUUUCAACAAUUGUAUAUGGAUUGAACAGUAUCAUCAUGUAACAAAUGUUAAAAUUCUUGUAUAUAUAUCUUUCAGAUACUUUUAUACAGCUGAAUGAAUAUACUCUCUAGCAAACACACACACACACACACACACACACACACACACAUUUCUAAAUAAAUUAUGUUCAUGCUUUACAGGUUUUCCAGAUCCAUUGUUUAAAUCCUUCCCACUAACUGUAAAUAAACUAUGUUAUUUGUAAAGAGUCUUAUCUUGUUUUUAAAAUGGAUAGUCAGAUUUUCUGCAGCUGGCAAAGUAAUAAUUACCACACAAGCUUAAGGUAAAUACUUAAUUACUUUGUGGGUGAGCUAAUCUACAGUAAUAUUUUGCAUAAUAUGAACUGGAGCAAUAGUGAAUGGUUUAUCUUCUGUAAAUAUUAUUUAUUAUUGUGCUUAAUAUUGAUAUAUUGUUGAAAAGAUAAAUGUAAAAUUGAUGUUUUAUUGGAUUUCAUGGUACACAUCAGGGUUAUAUUCAUGCAACUAGCAUUAAGUAACAUAUCAACAAAAAAGCAAUUGAAGUGACAUUCCUAGAAGUGUACUUAGGAAAUAAUGUAUUGUGCCAUUUUGGGAUUGGCAGUGCUGUGAAGUGUCCACUUCUGAAACAAAACUCGAAAGUGAGUGGUCAAAUACAUAGUUCUGUUUUCCUAUACAAACCGGUAUAGAGCAAGGGAGAAGGCUCCAAGUGGAACAUCGUAUAGUGAGUGGAAUUACAUAACAUAAAAUGUGCUCAAUGAUCGAUAAUCUUUUUGUCUUUCUUCUUCAUUGUCUGCUUUGUUUCCAUUAGAAUUUCGUAUGCCAAAAUAAGACAAAUAAUGUACAAUGUGUCUUGCCUUGUCACUGUGUUCUCAUGUUUUUGGCAUUUAUUUCUAAGUUCUCUGUAUUCAGUGUGAGAAGACCAAUACUCAUGCAUUACAUAAAGUAUAGUAGCAAAAAAAAAAAACAAGAAAAGAAAAGAAAAAAAUUAAAA